CAGACCCUGUCCAACCUCUGCCUCAAGAUCAAUGUGAAGCUGGGAGGCAUCAACAACAUCCUGGUGCCUCAUCAACGGUCAGCAGUGUUUCAGCAGCCGGUUAUCUUCCUGGGAGCAGAUGUCACACACCCCCCUGCUGGAGAUGGCAAGAAGCCCUCCAUUACUGCUGUGGUAGGCAGUAUGGAUGCUCAUCCCAGCCGAUACUGUGCCACAGUGCGAGUCCAGAGACCCAGGCAGGAAAUCAUUGAAGAUUUGUCUUACAUGGUGCGUGAACUGUUAAUUCAGUUCUACAAGUCGACCCGGUUCAAGCCCACCAGGAUCAUUUUCUAUAGAGAUGGAGUUCCUGAGGGACAGUUGCCCCAGAUUCUCCACUACGAGCUCCUGGCCAUCAGAGAUGCGUGCAUCAAGUUGGAGAAAGACUAUCAGCCAGGCAUCACCUACAUUGUGGUGCAGAAACGUCACCACACACGCCUCUUCUGUGCUGACAAGUCUGAACGGAUUGGGAAGAGUGGGAAUAUUCCUGCAGGGACUACGGUGGACACCAGCAUCACUCAUCCCUUUGAGUUUGACUUCUACCUGUGUAGCCAUGCAGGCAUACAGGGCACCAGCCGGCCGUCUCAUUACUACGUCUUAUGGGACGACAAUCGUUUCACGGCUGAUGAGUUGCAGAUUCUAACGUACCAGUUGUGCCACACGUAUGUGCGCUGUACCCGCUCAGUCUCCAUCCCUGCGCCAGCCUACUACGCUCGUCUUGUGGCCUUCCGCGCCCGCUACCAUCUGGUGGACAAAGAGCAUGACAGUGGAGAGGGCAGCCAUGUGUCUGGUCAGAGUAACGGUUUGCACUGCCAUAGUGUCGCGUUGAACAGCCAGAAGCUUUCGCCGUGGCAGUGGAAUCCGAUUGGAUACGUUGACCGUGCGCGAACGGUGGUGGGCCGACACGGGGGCGCCGAAGACCCCCCGGCCGGCAAAAAACGACCGUACCGAAGGGCCCCUGUUGACAUUCUGCUGGGAGAGGAGCUACCAGAGAGCAGGGCACUCGGCCACUCAGCGCGGCAGAGGCGGCGCACUGCCGAAGGAGACACCGGAUUAAACGGAGGAAGAGUCCCAAACGUUUGA